AUGCGUAUUCCUGGCUGGGAGCGGGACCUCCGAUCACCGGGGCUACCUCGGAUGCAGUAUGUAGAAAGCCAUAACGAUGAUAUAACAGAGUUGCGCUACCACCCCACCCGUAACAAUGUCUUACUCUCAGGAAGCACUGAUGGCCUCGUGAAUAUCUAUGAUACUACCAUCGCAGAUGAAGACGAAACACUACUACAAGUGAUCAAUCACGGCUCCGUACAUCACGCCGGGUUCAUCGGUGAAAAAGCCAUAUAUGCACUAAGCCAUGACGAACUCUUUUCCAUUCAUCCCUUCAACGAUCCCGAUGAAAAUGUAGUCGAGCCAGCUCCAAUUCAGUUUGGGGAUCUUCGUUCUGCAUUACAUUGCGAUUAUGUCGUAAACGUCCUCGUCGGUGCUGCUGGAGCUUAUGCAGCCACGGGAAGCACUAGGUAUAGCCCUCCUUCAUGCAGCCAUCUCCUCCACAGCUCUUUGUUCCUUCAUCCUGUUCUAAUGACGAUUCGGCGAGCUAGGGAACAAUCGCUUGAUUUGAUUCCUAUUGUCGCAUCCCCUGAGUUUCAAUUCGAUCGGACCAAAGUGUGGAGGCUUCCGGGCGCACACGGCGAAGAAGUCGUGCGUUCUGUCCUACUUGAUAACCUGUCUGGGAGCGUUUUUACUUGCGGCGAAGAUGGUCAAGUUCGAGUAUGGAGGGACGAAAGCGAAGCUAGUACGCAGGGAGGCGUGCAAUCCAGUAAAAUUGAAGCCAAUAAAACCCAUCCGGACACAUCAUCCACAGCCGGCCGACCGUCGAGACUGAAAGAAGAUCGCAAGACAAAGCGCCACAAAGAAAAACGGUACGCACCUUAUUGA